AUGGAUAGAACUUGGGAUCCUCAUCUUCAGAAAGUUAUGAACAGUGCUAUUGAUAAUGCAUCUGGUAGUGUACCUCAUCAUGAAGAUGGAAAAGAUCCAGGAUUUUCCACCAAUUUUUUCACGGGUAAAGACUUUCAACAUUUACCCCCAGAACCAGGAUUCACCUUCGGACCAUCUCCAAUGCAACAUAAUCAACAAUUAUCUGGUUCAUACGGCCAGGGUAUGAAUGUGCGAGGCCAUUAUAACAACAUAGAACAUGGCCAAUCGUCUGAAUAUUUGAUGGCACCAAGAGAAGAACCACCCUCUGCCGGGUUUACUUUCGCUCCGGGGCCAAGGCAGCCUGGGCAAAGAAUGUCGCCUCUUGAUCAAAGUACAGAUGUGCGAGCUUCGUAUGAUAUUCCGGUACAUGAUCCACUUCAAGGGUACUUGAGUCAUCCUUCUCAUGAGUUAUCCCAACCUAUGCAAAGACUCGCUGCAUAUUCUACGACUGGUAUUGGCAAUGGACAAGGUCGCUUAUCUCUUCCUAGAUAUCCUUCUCAUGUUGGUGGUCAAGCAGAUUCUAACGCUUCCGUUGAACGAAAAGAACCUAGGGUUCUGACCCGUGCAGAUAAUCACUGCAAACAGCAGAUCUUGCAGGAUAUCGAGUUAAAAACUAAGUCAAGAAAUAGACCGACACAUCUUUCGAAUUCCGGAGUUGGUGAAGGGCAGAGUCCUCUUACUCAGCUUGCCAAUAAUAUGAUCUCGCAGACGUCACUGGUGAUGCCUCGACCUAUUGGACUUAGUCCUUCGAAACAAAACAUCUUUCAGACUCAGUUGGCGAGACCACAGCAGUUUCAGCAGCAGAACCAACAGGUUUUUACACCGCCGUCUACUAGAAUGGAUUUGAAUGCCUUCGCCUAUAGACCUCAUGAACGCAUUAAUACGACUAUAAAUUCUUCUCCUUCAGAAUUUCCUGUGUCUAGUCCUACUGUUAGAGUCAGUUCACGUCGAAAUUCGAACCGACGUUUACCUCCGCAUAAUACAAAGGAAACAGGGCAGAGUUUUGAACAUCAGUAUACAACUCCACAUACACCUCAAAAUCAGGUUUCAGCUAGCAACAAAUAUGCUCUGACCUCGAGAGUCUCUCAAGAGCAGGAAAUGGGUCGUAGUGUAGAGCAUUCUGGUUUCUCGCCAGCUCAAACAUACUAUGGUAAUGCUGGACAAUUCAGAAAUGGCCAUCAGAUUAUUCCCUUUGGAAAUGGACCACCAAUGGCACAUGGAAUUCAGCUCGUGUCCCCUCAUGAACUUCCGGAUCGAUUUCGUCAAGUCUUCCCGUACGAACUCUUCAAUGCUGUACAAUCCAAAUGUUUUGCACCAAUCUAUAAGACCAAUAAUAAUAUUGUUGUGUCUGCUCCUACUGGAAGUGGCAAGACGGCUCUUUUGGAACUUGCUAUUUGUAAACUUGUUGAAAGCUAUGGUUCUGGACAAUUCAAGAUCGUAUAUCAAGCACCAAUUAAAUCUCUCUGUUCGGAACGUAUGAGGGAUUGGACCAAGAAGUUCAGUCAUUUGAAUCUACCUGUUGCGGAACUUACUGGUGAUACUAGCAAUGCCGAAAUGAGUCGAGUGGGGAAUGCAUCGAUCAUUAUUACUACACCUGAGAAAUGGGAUAGCAUUACACGGAAAUGGACAGAUUAUCAAAAACUUUUGCAAUUGGUGAAACUUUUCUUGAUUGAUGAGGUUCAUAUCCUGAAGGAUGCCAGAGGAGCUACACUUGAGGCUGUGGUUUCUCGGAUGCAUUCUAUUGGGGCUAGUGUUCGCUUUGUUGCUUUGAGUGCUACUGUUCCUAAUGCACAUGAUAUUGCCACUUGGCUUGGAAGGGAUUCAAGUAGUCGGCAAUUACCUGCUCAUCGAGAAACAUUCGGUGAAGACUUUCGACCUGUCAAGUUGCAGAAACAUGUUCAUGGAUAUGAGAGUCGUGCAAAUGAUUUUGCUUUUGAGAGAACCCUCGUUGGCAAGCUACCGGCUUUAAUUCAAAGGUACUCCUGCAAAAAGCCUAUUAUGGUUUUUUGUUUUACAAGAAAAUCAUGUGAAGUUACGGCAGCUAUUCUUUCAGAACAUUGGACUCGACAAAGAGUUGUCGACCGUGCUUGGCCAGCUCCAACUAUUCGAACAGUGGUGGGAAGUAAAGAUCUACAAGAGUUGGUUGGAUGUGGUGUUGCUUAUCAUCAUGCAGGUCUUGACGCGCAGGAUAGAUGUGCUAUUGAGACGGCAUAUCUGAAAGGAGAUAUAAGUGUGAUAUGUUGUACUUCGACAUUAGCUGUUGGAGUCAAUUUACCUUGUCAUCUUGUGGUUCUGAAGGGGACAGCUUGCUUUCAAGAUGGUGGACUUGCUGAAUAUUCCGACCUCGAGGUUAUGCAAAUGUUAGGUCGUGCUGGAAGACCUCAAUUCGAUGAUAGUGCUGUUGCAAUUAUCAUGACUCGAAUGGAGAAAGCAGAUCGAUACAAAAAAAUGAUUUCGGGUCAGGAUAUCUUGGAGAGUACGCUACAUCUGAAUCUUAUUGAACAUCUCAACUCAGAAAUCGGACUUCGUACCAUCAAAACUGCUUAUGAAGCCAAAGUUUGGUUAGCAGGGACAUUUUUGAGUGUUAGGAUGAGACAGAAUCCUAAGUAUUACACGUUUUCUGGGAUUAUUCCUAGUAGAGAUGCGGACGAACAACUCGAAUUAGUAUGUGAGAGAGAUAUCAAACUCCUUCAAGAAUAUGAGCUCGUUACAAAGGAGGAAAAUUUCUCGUGCACGGAUUAUGGUGCUGCAAUGAGCCGAUAUAUGGUUCAGUUUGAGACGAUGAAAUUAUUAUUGAGUAUUCCUUGUCAAUCGAAAACGGAAGUAAUCUUGAAUACCAUAUGCCAGGCAGCAGAAUUCAAGGACCUUCGAAUGAAGCCAAAUGAACGAUCAAGUCUUCGAGAAUUCAACAAAUCUCCGAUGAUGAAGUUUCCAAUCAAGGAGAAUAUAUCAACGACGGGUCAUAAAAUCUUUCUCAUGAUCCAAGCACAGCUAGGUGGAAUUGAGCCAUUAACGGAUAACGACUUUCGAGUCAUCAGCCGACAAUUCGCGAUGGAGACCAAUAUCAUAUUGGAACGAUUUCAACGCUUGAUACGAUGUGUUAUUGACUGUAAAGCUGUGGAUUGUGAUUCAAUCUCUGUACGUUGUGCUCUUGAUCUUUCUAGGAGUGUUGCAGCGGGUUACUGGGAGAACUCAUCUUUACAGUUGAGACAAGUUCCCCAGAUAGGACCAGCAUCUCUACGGAAAUUGGCUGGGAAUAAUGUCAAUACUGUUGAGAAGCUUGCUGGGCUUGAUACGGCAGGAGUUGAGAGAGUUAUGGGCAAGAAUCCUCCAUUUGGGAAGAAGAUGAAGGACAAUUUGAUUGACUUUCCUCAAUUGACUCUCACGGCUCAAAUUGUCGGAAGGGGCUUCUCAAAAUCAGGAGAGCAACCGAAAGUCAAAGUCAAUGCUUUACUUGGUUAUGCAAAUGCAAAGGUGCCGAAGUGGUCGGGUAGGAUACCAUCAGUAACCUUCAUAGCCGAGACAUCCAGUGGCACUUUAGUAUAUUUCUGGCGUAUGAGCAUUAAAAAACUGUCGAAUGGUGGUUCUAAACAUGAGUUUACUGUUGAACUAUCAUCACCGGAUGAUGAGAUCAAAUGUUGGCUUGCAUGCGAUGAGAUUGUUGGUACUCUGAAAUCUUGCGUUUUACAGCACCAUGUUCCUGCGUCUGAGUUUCCUCCUCCGAAAGUUAUCGUUGAGCGACCGAGCAAAAAGAAGUCCAAGCUUGAAGAUAUGGGAACUUCUGAUGAAUUCGAUGAUGGUAUUGAUGACGAUACUAUGCUCGCGGUAGCUAAGCAAGUCGAAGGUGGUCGUCGAGUCUCUAGUGAUUAUGGCUCGGAUGCUUUUGUCGAUAUUGAUACAGUUGGUCUAGGCAAUUCUAAAGAGAGUAGGAAAGUCAAAGAAGACAUCGUUGAACCAGAACCUGUGAAGAUGGAAAAUGGGAAAUGGGCUUGUAAUCAUCAUUGUCGUGAUGGAAAUCCUUUGAAAAAUGGUCAACUCUGUAAGCACAGGUGUUGUAGGGAGGGGUUGGAUAAACCUAGAAAGGUUGCGAGAAAGAAGUCUUCCACUGGAAUUGCCGAAAGACAAGGUCCGAAGAUUGAUGAUAAGAUUAAGGGGACUGAGAGCAAGUCCAACAUGAGCACUACCCAGGCUUCUGGUAGUAAGCAGCCCUCAAAGUCGGCCAAAAAACCUAAGCUCAUGGCAUCGUUGGGUCCAAGUUUGGAUCAAGACAUUGUUGAGGUAAUCGACCUUUCGAAAACUUUGCCUCCGGUAACAUAUCCCAAUGUUGCUCCUAGAGAUUAUCGUAUUUUACAAAAUUCACAUACAAGUAUUCAAAAAGAUACAUCUGUUCGACUUCCGAAAGGCCAACCCAAGUUCUCUUAUGCAAGUGGGCAAAUGCCAAAUCUUUCAUUCAUGGAUGCCGAUGGCUCUAAAGAUGAGCAAAAACAUGAGUCGGAACAUUUGGAUUCUGAUGAGUAUGAAUUUCCUUCCCCUUCUGCUCUUUUAAGCAGUGAAAAGCAAGCGUCCAAAGGUGUCUCUAUCUCUGCAACUCAGUUACCACCUCCAGCUAUGAAUAUGGAUAUCUCUAGUAAAGACGGAAAUGAGCAACAUCCUCUUUCAGAUGACCCAUUUGAAGAUUCAUCUGGUAGUUUCGAAGCUGCUAUGAUAGGUUUAAAUGAUUCUAUCAAUCUUCGAACUACCCCCGCUACCACGAAUGCCCCGACUGCUCCGGUUACUCCCAAACUCAAUACAAGCUUCGCUAAUAAUGUGUUUGACUUUGCGGCAUUCAAUUCUGAGGAAGUCAAUGAGCAACAAUUCUCUAGUCCAUUGAUGAGUCGGAUGCGGAGAAAUCACCAAGAAGGAGAAGACAAUGAGAUGGAUAAUAUGGAUAUUGGGAUGCCAUCUACAAAACGUCAGCAAUCAAGUCCUUGGAUGAAAGAUUUUCAAAACGAUAAUGUGAUGGGAUAUGAUCAAUGGGGUGAAAAUGAGAAUGAGGAUUUUGAUAAUCCGGUAUUACCUCAGAUGAAAAGAAAAAGAACUCAUCUAGAAGAUGAGGAUGAGAAUCGUGGAGGCAUGGAAAGCACGGGAAAGGGUUCGGAGGGUCCCAUAAUUUCCACUAAUGGAAGUAGUGCUCCAACAUGGAUCAAUGAGAUGGGUUCUGGAAUUAUGGAAUCUGAUAUAGGAAAUGGCGGAGAUAAUGAGCAGAAUGGAAAUUCGAAGACCAAUGUUCGUCAUGAACCAGCUUGGAUGGGUGAGAUGGAUCCAGAUUUAAUUGAUAUGUUUAGAGGGUAUGCUGAUUUUGUUGAUUUUGUUGAUUGA